UCUAAAUGUGCAUUGGAUAAUAAAUAUUCUUGUUCAGUUGGUUAUCUAUUUGAAGCAAUAGCAACGUUCGGAGCCAUAUUAGUUUGGAUACCACAAUUAUAUUCUCUAUUCAAAUUCAAAAGGUAUAAAGGUUUAAGUUCAUUAUGGUGUCUUUUUCAAUACAUUUCCGUGCUAUAUAUUAUGGGUAUUAUUACCGAAGUUGGCGAUGUAUCAGUAAUACAUUUGAUUCAAAUAAUCCUAGCCGUGGAAUUUUGUGCUUUAUACGUUGGUGAAUCUUGGAUAAGUGUAACAAAAAGUAUUAGAUCAAGAUGUUGGAAUCAUCUAUUUUGUUUAGUAGGUUCAAUUAUAUACAUUAUACUUGAAGUACAUAAAACAAAAUAUCGAUAUUAUUUUGUCGCAGUUAGUCUCUAUUCAUAUUUACUAACACCAUUGCCACAGAUAAUUAAAAAUUGUCAACAACCAGAACAAGCCAUCACAUCAUUAUCACCAUACACAUUUGUAUUUUAUCAUGUGUUCAUAUUUUUUCGUAUAUUCUCAUUACACUUUUUUACAAAGUCUCAUAGUUUAUUAAUUAUCUAUUAUCUUGUACAACAUACCGGCUUUGUCGUUAUUUCCUGUCAACUACUCUACUAUGUUACUAAAUAUGAAAAUAAAUUAAAUCGUCCAAUAGAUGCAUCUAUUGUUGAAAGUGAAAGUGAACAAGAGGAUGAUACAGUGACGGUCAUCUAUGAUAAUGAUGGUAGAGAUUUGAUAACAAAUCCAGAAGCACGUCCUUAUCAAUUAUUAUCUAAAACUCGUAGAAAUUUCUCAACACAAUAUAAAGUAACCACUGUACGUAAAAUGACACGUUUUAUGAUGUUGAUACAUGUAAUUAUUCUCUAUGUUAGUCAUGCGUCUCUCGUUGGUGUUCGUUUAUAUCACGAAAAUCAGAAAAAAAUGAAUCAUCUCGCCUAUUUAUUUAUUCUAUAUAUAGUUUAUGUGGUUAUAUUAUUGUUUAUGUCAACAAUGAUAAAAAAAAUGCGACCACAACAGCAGCAACAAAAAAAUAUUAUAUCAACGUGA